ACUCCCAGUAGCCGCCAACAAACAGCAUGUCUCGGGAGAUUAGGAGGUUAGUGGUGGUGGUGGUAGUGGCCAUGGGUACGGUGAUGGUUACACGGUACGCCGAGGCAGCCAGUACACCGGAUACCUGUCCCGUUUAUCUAACGAUCUCAGCCAUGGCCCGGAACAUUGAAGAGGCACAACUAGUGAUCAACUGGGGCCCCGGUUGUGAAAAUCCACCGACCUGGAUAGGGUUGUACACGGAGAAUCCAGCCCUUUCCGAUGCACCACCGAUCGUAAAGGUCCUCGUCGAGGGUGAACCAAGUGGCCAGGUGAUGAGUGAGGUACGGUUCGGACGCCACAAGCUUCCCGGGGGCUGGAGCCACGAGCAGGUCCUGCAGCGCAUUCCCAAGCGUAAAACGAAACCGAUCUGCUUCGGUUACUAUCUUACCAGCUACGAUCAGCAGGAUCAGCUGCAGUACUUCGAUUGUCUCAAGAUCCAACCGAACUGGAUGUUUACCGAGCCCGGCCUUAGCAACAUUACGCUCAAGGAUCUGUUCCUCCCCGGGACCCACUGCUCCGGUUGCUACCAAACGCGGGCCAACGUUGGUAAUGUGUUUCUGAAAAAGAUCGGUUUCCGCCAAAGUGUCGACAUCUGGAGUCAGCUCGUGUACGGUGUGCGCUAUCUGGACUUCUCGAUCGGUUACCAACCGUCGCACAAUGGGACACGCAACUUUUGGAUCAUGAACGAACACUUCCGUGUCGCCCCGCUGCUACCGAUCCUGCAGGAUAUCCGUCGGUUUGUGAUACUGUCGGAGGAAACCGUUUUCCUGGACUUUCGCCGUUUCCCACUCGGAUUUCACAACAAUCCGGACCAACAUGCGGCCCUGCUGGCCCUACUGGAGCAAGAGCUCGGUGAUCUCGUUUACCGGCGCAAGAUGGACGGUGAUGAGAGCGAUGGACCACAGCCGGAGUCCUACAGCCUGACCAUCGGUGAGAUGCGCCGGGAGGGAAAGUAUCUACUCAUCACCUACAAUCAGGAGGCCAGUCUGAACGAAUCGAGCCUCAUUUGGAAACCGUGGCGAAAGCACUCGAGCGCCUUCCUGAAGCACACGGAGCUCGGCGAGUUUAUGCAGAACCUCUUCUCGCAGAAGCACCCCGAUGCACCGAAAGACAUUGGCUGGAGUCUGCACGGCAUACAGGGACUGCAGGGCAGUUAUAACGAUGCGGAGGCCACCUACAUGAUGCCGAACGAGCGCGCAAGCAUCGUUAAUCCGAAGCUGAUGCAUCUGCUCGGUGGUCCCUGGAGCAUGCGUGCCAAUGCCGUGCUGUUGGAUUUCUUUCUCAAUACGAACCUGAUCGAUAUGGCGAUCUACACGAAUCGAUACAAAACACUACGGGCGAGUGCCACCAGUGAAGCAGCGGUGGUACUGGACGUCCAGUAGUGACGAGGCCGUUGAUAAUAUUUGCUUGUAGGAUCUUUCUCAUUGUUCAUCUCGAUGUUCAUUAGUUUAAGGAAUAAUUACAAUUACACUGCGUUUGAAUACAUCAUAUCAUUGAAGACAUCGUAUAAUUUUGUUUUUCUUAUAUCAAUAGCCAUAUGUUUUACGAUCGAAUGCCUCGCUUGGUAAAGUUUCGACUUAUACAGGUUGCUCAUGCUAUCAGUGGUUGUUUUUGCUUUUGGUUACCACGUAACCACUUUAUCUAACCGCCAACGGGUACGAAGUUUACGACACACUUGCUUAAUAAACACCUAAAUAUCUAGAUUUAUUGCGACUAGAGGAUCUAGAGGAUUUUGUGCAACAUUUGGCCAUAAAGCCCCUGCUCG